AUGGGAAACGGAAAGCGUGAGGAAAAGUGUCAGCGCCGAGAAAAGGCAAGCUUAGCGGCAGGGGCACUCCCAGCUCAAGAAAGGUUGCCCUUGCGCGAGUCCUUACAGCAGCAGCCUAAGCUUCCGGCAGCAGCGAGCGAGCAGCUCUCAAAAGCUUCAUCUCCUCACAGUACUUCCAAAGUAAAGGCAAGGGUAAGGGGUUUCCGUGACCCCGAAACGUCGAAGCAUGACUCGGGACCCAAAGUAGUGGUGACGGUUGAUGAUAACAGUGAUGAUGAUAGUGAUGGCGAUGGCGCUGCGGGAACGAGACUAACAUUCAUGAGCAAGAGAGCCCUCUCGCGAUACGAGUGGCAUGGAUGGGACCUUGAUGAAGCCAAUACGAUAGUCACGACGAAGACACCUAUCCGGCCUUCGGCACUAGCUUGGGGAGGUCGAUGA